AGCUCCUUGGGAUUGGAGUGCCUGCCAGAUCUAAGGCUUUCAGGAGCCCAGAGGAAGCUGAGUAAUAAUGACAAGCUCUUCAGUUGCAAUGAUGACAUCUUUUGCUCUCCUUUGUCUGUCAAUUGCCAUAAUUGAAUGCAUGGCAGGAAUUCUGGGAAAUGGAAUUAUCUUGGCUGCCAGUUCAUUGAGCUGCAUUGGGAGCAAAACAUGGCCCCCAUAUGAUAUGAUUGUGAUCUCACUGAGUUCAUCUAGAAUUACAUUGCAAUGCUGGAUUAUACUGGAUUUAUUCUUAACUAUAUUUUGUGAACUCUCCUAUUUUGAAGAAAAUAUAUUUGUAUUUAUCAAGACAGGCUAUAUGUUUCUGAACUGCUCUAGUCUCUGGUUUGGAGCCUGGCUUAGUGUCUUCUAUUGCAUCAAGGUUGCCAGUUUUACACAGUCUUUCUUCAUCUGGCUGAAGCUGAGAAUUGCCAGGCUGGUGCCCUGGAUGCUGCUCACAUCAUGGCUCUGCUCCUUCUCAAUUGCAAUUCCCUUCGCCUGGCAUGUCUACAGUGUGCACAAGAACAUCACUGCUCCUUCAUCCAUGACAAACUCUUCAGCAUGGACAACCACAAGGAAUGACAGCUCUGGUUUAUUAAUUCUUCUUUAUAAUGCUGGUAUAGUUAUGCCUUUAAUACUGUCUGUUGUUUCAAGUGUUCUGCUGAUUCGGUCUCUGUGGAUACACACCAGACAGAUGCAAAAUAAUGCAAGUGGUUUCAGGGAUCCCAGCUUAGAGGCCCAUAUGAAAGCCAUCAAGUCAGUCUGCUCCUUACUUAUCUUUUAUGUUACAUAUUACAUAGCUUUCACUUUUCUUUUAUUCGAUUUGUUUUUACAUUUUAGCACCCCAAAAUCCAUAUGUAUAGCUGUAAUGGCUGCCUGUCCUACAGGACACUCCAUAGUCUUAAUUUGGAGCAAUCCAAAAUUUCGAGAGCUGCCAGCUAGGAUUUGGCAGCACAUCAACAGUUCUGUCAGAAUUACAUCCAUGUAA